AUGGGAAUAUUGGGUCUUUCUUGGCCAGCUGCAUUAAUGAUUGAUUUGGCGUUGGUUGGUCUUCUGGCAUCUGCAUCCUUCGUGGAUUUGGGUUCCAUAUCCGAAUGGCCAACAUUGAGUGCUGAUUCGUCAAUGGUCGGGAAUUCUGCAUGCCCCCCUUGCUGUUUCCAUCUCCCACGGCAUUUAUCAAUUCUUCAAGAAGUUGUCCAUCAAUUUGCCGGCCGGCGACUUGCAGUGGAGCAGCAUUGUCCGAGUAUGAGCAUCCUGCUAGCUGAAAAAUAG